UGUGACGUAGUUAGUCUUGUUUUUGGUAGGUUGUUUCGAUUUCCGGUUAUGUUCGUUGUUAUCCAAAUAUUUGAAUUAGAGCUAAGUGUGAUUUUUUUUGUUUGGGACAUUCAAUAACAUCCGAGUUGUGAGAUUUAACCACCUAUAGCGUUGUUAAUUAUUACAUAGCUAGCUUAUUACAUAUAUAACUGGUUAACUAGCUAAUUUGAAGUAUAAGCGGUUGGCAAUAUUUGACUCUCGUUAGCCCAAGCUAGGUUAGCCCAAACAGAUUACAACUGAACAGAAAGUGCAACAAACAUGAGAAAUCACAGCCAACUCCGCCAGUGAGCACUCAGGGGGAUGGUGUCGAGUGUUGCUGGUCAGUGUGUGUCUGUGAGCAGCGUGUCACUCAGGCAGUGUGAUUGACUAUGGCGGACAGAACUGACGACGAUGACGUCAUCCACCUGGUCAGCUUCAACAUCCACCGCAGCCAAGGUCGUCGGGAACGCAGGAGGAACUUCAUCACCAUAUCAGAUGACUCUGACGAGGAGCCGGUUACUCUGGACCCUGACGAUGAUGUCAGCAUACUAGAGCCCCUGAAUCCGUCACGGCGACGUGUGAUUCGUCCAGCAGCACUGUGGGGUGUGGCCUCUGAAGGCGAUGGGCCAAUCAUAGAGCUAAAAGAGGUUGAGGGUCAUCAGACUGCACCCCUUCCAUCGAGGUCACAGUACAGAGAGAGAGACACCUCCGCCCCAUCCACCUCACAGUACAGAGAGAGAGACUCCUCCGCCCCAUCCACCUCACAGUACAGAGACAGAGACUCCUCCGCCCCAUCCACCUCACAGUACAGAGAGAGAGACACCUCCGCCCCAUCCACCUCACAGUACAGAGACACCUCCGCCCCAUCCACCUCACAGUACAGAGACAGAGACACCUCCGCCCAAUCCACCUCACAGUACAGAGACAGAGACUCCUCCGCCCCAUCCACCUCACAGUACAGAGACAGAGACACCUCCGCCCCAUCCACCUCACAGUACAGAGACACCUCCGCCCCAUCCACCUCACAGUACAGAGACAGAGACUCCUCCGCCCAAUCCACCUCACAGUACAGAGACAGAGACUCCUCCGCCCCAUCCACCUCACAGUACAGAGAGAGAGACUCCUCCGCCCCAUCCACCUCACAGUACAGAGAGAGAGACUCCUCCGCCCCAUCCACCUCACAGUACAGAGACACCUCCGCCCCAUCCACCUCACAGUACAGAGACAGAGACACCUCCGCCCCAUCCACCUCACAGUACAGAGAGAGAGACACCUCCGCCCCAUCCACCUCACAGUACAGAGAGAGAGACUCCUCCGCCCCAUCCACCUCACAGUACAGAGAGAGAGACACCUCCGCCCCGUCCACCUCAACCCAGACCAGACCUCAACCCUUCACCAGGCCUGUCCUGCAGGAGGUCAAGUUAGUUUUGCUCCCUCAGGUCCAGCCUCCUGCACCUCCUCAGCCCCAUGCCCGGCCCCGAUCCCCCCUACAGCAGCUCCACCCUGGACCCCUCAACCAGCCCCGAUCCCCCCUACAGCAGCUCCACCCUGGACCCCUCAACCAGCCUCAGCCCCGGCCCCGAUCCCCCCUACAGCAGCUCCACCCUGGACCCCUCAACCAGCCCCAUGCCCGGCCCCGAUCCCCCCUACAGCAGCUCCACCUUGGACCCCUCAACCAGCCCCAUGGCCGUCCCAGAUCCCCCCUACAGCAGCUCCACCAUAGGCCCCUCAACCAGCCCCGAUCCCCCCUACAGCAGCUCCACCCUGGACCCCUCAACCAGCCCCAUGGCCGUCCCCGAUCCCCCCUACAGCAGCUCCACCCUGGACCCCUCAACCAGCCCCAUGGCCGUCCCCGAUCCCCCCUACAGCAGCUCCACCCUGGACCCCUCAACCAGCCCCCCCUGGAGCCCCAGGCUCUCCUCCUAACCCAGCCCCCCCUGGAGCCCCAGGCUCUCCUCCUAACCCAUGCCUUCCAGAUGCAACAACCCAGAACCCUUCAUCUCCAACCUGUUCCCCAGGUCGCUCCCCAGCCCGUGCCCACUCCCCAACGGUGGCCUGCGGGCCCCUGUGGCGUCCCUGCCCCCGCCGUGCUGAUAGCUGCUGCCCCCGAGCGUCUGGGCCCCCCAGAGACCGGCCAUCGGAUCACCCUGGGCAGCCAGACUCCUGGGGGCCUCGACCCCCGACCCGGAGCCCCGCUGCUGACACACAACCGCCCUCUGCCCCUGGAGCCACAGGUGGUGGUCGACCGGCCAGCCACUCAACCUCCCUUCCCCAUCCCAGCUCUCGCUGUUCCCCUGAACCCUAACCCCAUAGUCCCAGCCCCUGUCGUCCCAGUCGUCCCAGUCGUCCCCAGGGCAGCGGAGGAGAGGGCAGGUCCCUCAGUCCAACAGGAGGUCCAGGAACCAGAGAGACCUCAGCUGCAGCCCCACGUCAGAGCACUGGUCAGAGGAGUGGUGGAUCUGUUUCCUGAUGUCCAGGAGAACUAUGUAGCAGAACUGAUCCAGACCAAUGACCUGAAAGAUCUCAAUGUUAUCUGUAACAUGUUGCUGGAGAACCCAGCCGUCCCUCAGAGAAAGAGUUCAGUCUCCGUGGCUCAUAGCAGCAUCCUGCUGGAACCCUGCGACGACGUCUCACAGUCUGCAGAGGACCUGUUUGACUACGGGUCGUUGAGUCAGGUGGGUCCGGAGGCGGCGAUGCAGGCAGCUGACCUCUUGAUGGGAGACUUCAGGAUGAUUUCCUGUCAGGACAUCAAAUGGAGCCUCAACGCCAUGAAGGGGCACUACGCAAUCACACGCAAGGCCUUAUGUGAAGCGGUGAAGCAGUUUCAGGACUCUGAGUCGUUAGAGAAGAGGAGACGCAGGAGACACACUGCUGAACGCUGCUAUAUAGACUUCAAGUAUCAACACGGUUCAGUGAAGUUGGAGAGGAGGAUGUACUUCCUGGAGAAGAAUCGUCGCGGUUGCAGGACGUACGGAGCGGCUCUGGACCCUUCGCUACACAGAGAGAUCACCUUCUAUCAGCAGAAAGCCAAGGAACAUGCUGAGCAUGAAGACUUCCUGUUGGCUCUGCAGGUUAAUGAGGAGGAGUAUGAGAAGGACGGACAGCUGAUAGAGUGUGGGUGUUGCUGUGGGGAAUUUGCCUUUGAGAAGAUGACCCAGUGUUCUGACGGACAUCUCUUCUGUAAAGAGUGUCUGGUUAAAUACGCCGAGGAGGCUGUGUUCGGGUCAGGACAGUCCUCUCUCAGCUGUAUGGAAGGAGACUGUUCCUGCUCCUUCCCGGUGUGCGAGUUGGAGAAAGUGUUACCGGAGACGGUGUUGUGUAAAUACUACGAGAGACAGGCCGAGGAGGCCGUGGCGGCUUCCUGCGCUGACGAACUCGUACGUUGUCCGUCCUGUAACUUCCCAGCGUUGUUGGAUAAAGGCGUAUCUCUGUUCAGCUGUCCCAACCCUCGCUGUCGGAAGGAGAGCUGUAGGAAGUGCCGUGUCCAGUGGAAGGAGCAUGCUGGGAAGUCAUGUGAUCAGGUCAUGGAACGAGAUGAGAUACGCAUGAGGGUGGCCUUUGAGGAGAGGAUGACGGCGGCGCGGGUCAGGAAGUGUGUGAAGUGUGGAACAGGUCUGGUGAAGUCUGAGGGCUGUAACAGGAUGUGGUGUCGUUGUGGAGGCUACAUGUGUUACCUGUGCCGAGAGCCAAUCAGUGGAUACAACCACUUCUGUCAACACGCCCGUUCACCUGGCGCUCCCUGUAGACACUGUCGCAAGUGUUCCCUCUGGACGGACCCCACGCAAGAUGACGAGCGCAUCAUUCAGGACAUUCAGACAGAGGGGGAGAAAGAACUCAACAAGAAGAACUCAGAGGCUUCAGGGAAGAGAGUGGGCCCGCCCCCGGAACCUGUGGUGGUUGCUAAGCGACCUCGAGCAGCCCACCCUCCACAGGCGGUGCGAGCGCCCUUAUUGGUCCCUCCUCGUGUCAUUUUGCCUCAUCGCCAGCCGUUGCCCCCCGCCCCCUACGUGCCCCCCCUCCUCCACCUGCCCCCCCUCAACUACCACCUCCCCCUCAACCAGGUCAACAACAACCCGAACAAUAUAGACAUCAACAUGCCCAUGCACUAUGGACCCCCCCCCCGCUACUACAGACCCCUAUAACCCCUCCUCCUCUACUACAGACCCCUAUAACCCCUCCUCUACUACAGACCCCUAUAACCCCUCCUCCUCUACUACAGACCCCUAUAACCCCUCCUCCUCUACUACAGACCCCUAUAACCCCUCCUCCUCUACUACAGACCCCUAUAACCCCUCCUCUACUACAGACCCCUAUAACCCCCCCUCCUCCUCUACUACAGACCCCUAUAACCCCUCCUCCUCUACUACAGACCCCUAUUAUAACCCCCCUCCUCCUCUACUACAGACCCCUAUAACCCCUCCUCCUCUACUACAGACCCCUAUAACCCCCCCUCCUCCUCUACUCCAGACCCCUAUAACCCCUCCUCCUCUACUACAGACCCCUAUAACCCCUCCUCCUCUACUACAGACCCCUAUAACCCCUCCUCCUCUACUACAGACCCCUAUAACCCCUCCUCCUCUACUACAGACCCCUAUAACCCCUCCUCUACUACAGACCCCUAUAACCCCCCCUCCUCCUCUACUACAGACCCCUAUAACCCCUCCUCCUCUACUACAGACCCCUAUAACCCCUCCUCCUCUACUACAGACCCCUAUAACCCCUCCUCUACUACAGACCCCUAUAACCCCCCCUCCUCUACUACAGACCCCUAUAACCCCCCCUCCUCUACUACAGACCCCUAUAACCCCCCUCCUCUACUACAGACCCCUAUAACCCCCCCUCCUCUACUACAGACCCCUAUAACCCCUCCUCCUCUACUACAGACCCCUAUAACCCCUCCUCCUCUACUACAGACCCCUAUAACCCCCCCUCCUCCUCUACUACAGACCCCUAUAACCCCCCUCCUCUACUACAGACCCCUAUAACCCCCCCUCCUCUACUACAGACCCAUAUAACCUCUCCUCCUCUACUACAGACCCCUAUAACCCCCCUCCUCCUCUACUACAGACCCCUAUAACCCCUCCUCCUCUACUACAGACCCCUAUAACCCCCCUCCUCUACUACAGACCCCUAUAACCCUCCUCCCCUACUACAGACCCCUAUAACCUCUCUCCUCUACUACAGACCCCUAUAACCCCCUCUCCUCUACUACAGACCCCUAUAACCCCUCCUCCUCUACUACAGACCCCUAUAACCCCCUCUCCUCUACUACAGACCCCUAUAACCCCUCCUCCUCUACUACAGACCCCUAUAACCCUCCUCCUCUACUACAGACCCCUAUAACCCCUCCUCCUCUACUACAGACCCCUAUAACCCCCUCUCCUCUACUACAGACCCCUAUAACCCCUCCUCCUCUACUACAGACCCCUAUAACCCCUCCUCCUCUACUACAGACCCCUAUAACCCCCCCUCCUCCUCUACUACAGACCCAUAUAACCCCUCCUCCUCUACUACAGACCCCUAUAACCCCUCCUCCUCCUCUACUACAGACCCCUAUAACCCCUCCUCCUCUACUACAGACCCCUAUAACCCCUCCUCCUCUACUACAGACCCCUAUAACCCCUCCUCCUCCUCUACUACAGACCCCUAUAACCCCUCCUCCUCCUCUACUACAGACCCCUAUAACCCCCUCUCCUCUACUACAGACCCCUAUAACCCCCCCUCCUCCUCUACUACAGACCCCUAUAACCCCUCCUCCUCUACUACAGACCCCUAUAACCCCCUCUCCUCUACUACAGACCCCUAUAACCCCCCCUCCUCCUCUACUACAGACCCCUAUAACCCCUCCUCCUCUACUACAGACCCCUAUAACCCCCCUCCUCUACUACAGACCCCUAUAACCCCUCCUCCUCUACUACAGACCCCUAUAACCCCCUCUCCUCUACUACAGACCCCUAUAACCCCCCUCCUCUACUACAGGCCCCUAUAACCCCUCCUCCUCCUCUACUACAGACCCCUAUAACCCCUCCUCCUCCUCUACUACAGACCCCUAUAACCCCCCCUCCUCCUCUACUACAGACCCCUAUAACCCCCCUCCUCCUCUACUACAGACCCCUAUAACCCCCCCUCCUCCUCUACUACAGACCCCUAUAACCCCUCCUCCUCCUCUACUACAGACCCCUAUAACCCCCCCUCCUCCUCUACUACAGACCCCUAUAACCCCUCCUCCUCUACUACAGACCCCUAUAACCCCCCCUCCUCCUCUACUACAGACCCCUAUAACCCCCCCUCCUCCUCUACUACAGACCCCUAUAACCCCUCCUCCUCUACUACAGACCCCUAUAACCCCUCCUCCUCCUCUACUACAGACCCCUAUAACCCCUCCUCCUCUACUACAGACCCCUAUAACCCCCCCUCCUCUACUACAGACCCCUAUAACCCCUCCUCCUCCUCUACUACAGACCCCUAUAACCCUCCUCCUCUACUACAGACCCCUAUAACCCUUCCUCCUCUACUACAGACCCCUAUAACCCCUCCUCCUCUACUCCAGACCCCUAUAACCCCCCUCCUCUACUACAGACCCCUAUAACCCCUCCUCCUCUACUACAGGCCCCUAUAACCCCUCCUCCUCUACUACAGACCCCUAUAACCCUUCCUCCUCUACUACAGACCCCUAUAACCCCUCCUCCUCUACUCCAGACCCCUAUAACCCCCCUCCUCUACUACAGACCCCUAUAACCCCUCCUCCUCUACUACAGACCCCUAUAACCCCCUCUCCUCUACUACAGACCCCUAUAACCCCUCCUCCUCCUCUACUACAGACCCCUAUAACCCCUCCUCCUCUACUACAGACCCCUAUAACCCCUCCUCCUCCUCUACUACAGACCCCUAUAACCCCUCCUCCUCUACUACAGACCCCUAUAACCCCUCCUCCUCUACUACAGACCCCUAUAACCCCUCCUCCUCUACUACAGACCCCUAUAACCCCCCCUCCUCUACUACAGACCCCUAUAACCCCUCCUCCUCUACUACAGACCCCUAUAACCCCUCCUCCUCUACUACAGACCCCUAUUAUAACCCCUCCUCCUCUACUCCAGACCCCUAUUAUAACCCCUCCUCCUCUACUACAGACCCCUAUAACCCCCCCUCCUCUACUACAGACCCCUAUAACCCUCCUCCUCUACUACAGACCCCUAUAACCCCUCCUCCUCUACUACAGACCCCUAUAACCCCCCCUCCUCUACUACAGACCCCUAUAACCCCCCCUCCUCUACUACAGACCCCUAUAACCCCCCUCCUCUACUACAGACCCCUAUAACCCCCCCUCCUCUACUACAGACCCCUAUAACCCCCCCUCCUCUACUACAGACCCCUAUAACCCCCCCUCCUCUACUACAGACCCCUAUAACCCCCCCUCCUCUAGUACAGACCCCUAUAACCCCCCUCCUCUACUACAGACCCCUAUAACCCUCCUCCUCUACUACAGACCCCUAUAACCCCUCCUCCUCUACUACAGACCCCUAUAACCCCCCCUCCUCUACUACAGACCCCUAUAACCCCUCCUCCUCUACUACAGACCCCUAUAACCCCCCCUCCUCCUCUACUCCAGACCCCUAUAACCCCCCUCCUCUACUACAGACCCCUAUAACCCCUCCUCCUCUACUACAGACCCCUAUAACCCCCCCUCCUCUACUACAGACCCCUAUAACCCCUCCUCCUCCUCUACUACAGACCCCUAUAACCCCCUCCUCUACUACAGACCCCUAUAACCCCUCCUCCUCUACUACAGACCCCUAUAACCCCUCCUCCUCUACUACAGACCCCUAUAACCCCUCCUCCUCCUCUACUACAGACCCCUAUAACCCCUCCUCCUCUACUACAGACCCCUAUAACCCCUCCUCCUCUACUACAGACCCCUAUAACCCCUCCUCCUCCUCUACUACAGACCCCUAUAACCCCUCCUCCUCUACUACAGACCCCUAUAACCCCUCCUCCUCUACUACAGACCCCUAUAACCCCCCCCUCCUCUACUCCAGACCCCUAUAACCCCUCCUCCUCUACUCCAGACCCCUAUUAUAACCCCCCCUCCUCCUCUACUCCAGACCCCUAUAACCCCUCCUCCUCUACUACAGACCCCUAUAACCCCUCCUCCUCUACUCCAGACCCCUAUAACCCCCCUCCUCUACUACAGACCCCUAUAACCCCCCUCCUCCUCUACUACAGACCCCUAUAACCCCCCCUCCUCUACUACAGACCCCUAUAACCCCCCCUCCUCCUCUACUACAGACCCCUAUAACCCCCCUCCUCUACUACAGACCCCUAUAACCCCCCCUCCUCUACUACAGACCCCUAUAACCCCCCCUCCUCUACUACAGACCCCUAUAACCCCUCCUCCUCCUCUACUACAGACCCCUAUAACCCCCCCUCCUCUAGUACAGACCCCUAUAACCCCUCCUCCUCUACUACAGACCCCUAUUAUAACCCCCCCUCCUCUACUACAGACCCCUAUAACCCCCCU